AUGAGUUUGCCGCUCAUCAAAAUUGAUGGUUCAAAGAGCGAUAUCAUCAAAGAAGCAAUAUGGUUCAAAACUGAAACUAUUUUGGUCAUGAUCUCUAUGCAAUAUGAUUUAGAAAACUCAAAAAAAUAUAAAGAUGGAUUUUUAUUAAUUACAAACGCCGCAAUCUAUAUAUUCAAAAGCAAAUUUUUAGCACAACCAAAGUUAGAUAAAAAGAUACAUCCACUUUUGAUAACAAAAAUCAAAGUAAAUCCACAACAAAUUUAUUUUUUAGUAGGUGAAGAAAUAAUAGAAAUAAAAACGCCAAAUACAAUUGAAAUAUUCGAAGCGAUAAACACUAAUAUGUUAGAAAUGUCUUAUGGAUUGCCACAAAUGAAAUUUUAUGACAUAAGAUCAACGGUAAAACUACCACAAACUACAGUUAAAUCUCGUCCAAAAGGCUUAUUGCAAGCAAGAAUAGUAUUUUUCGCACAUCUUUACAAUAUAAAAAGCGAAAUUGGCGGUGUUUUACAAUAUUUUGACAAAUUUGAGCAAAAGCAAAACCCAAUGUUAGUUAUUGGGCAAUCAUUCUCGCCUGCUGGAUUCGCAAGUUCCGUUGGAACUGCAAUUGGUUGGGAAUCUUCAAUAGAUACUGUUGUUUUCCAAGCAAAUAUUCAUUCCUCGUUUGCAAAUAUGCUUCACGCAUUACUAGAAAACAAUAAGAUGAUAGAAAAGAUAGCUUUUACUGAUUACAAAGCUGAUAUUUUCCCGAAAUUCCCAACAGCUCAAAUACAGAAAUCAAAUGUCAAAAAGUGGUGGUUCAUGCGUUGUAAAACUCAGUUGAUGAUAGAUUUUGCUGAAUUUUCUAAAAAUUUACCGCCAACUAUCGAAGAAUUAACAAUAAGCGGUAACGUCAUUUCAGACGAAGAGUUUAAGAAGCUGGAAGCAAAAAUAGAGACAUCUCCAUCUCUCAAAAACUUGAAUAUUUUAAAUAUUAUCAGAAAUAAAAUGAAUCCGUUCCCGUUUGACUCAUUUAUGAAUGCUAUACAAGUAACAAGCAAGUUAACAACAUUAACAUUGCGUGGAAUGGAUUCAAACGCUUCAGAUUUAUUUACCACAAUAUGUACAUCUCCAAACAGGAUAAAAGUACUGAAUUUGACUCACAUGCAGUUCAGAUCUGCUAUAAUUGAAACUGCUGUUCUUCCUCCAAGUUUAAUUUCAAUCAAUGUCAGUUUCUGUGCUUUCCUUUCUGCAUCUUUCAAAACGCUAAUGCAUCUCUUCAUUUCUCAGCCAAGAGUUGUCCCUUUCUCACUCCAGAUGCAAUGCUUAGUCAUAAAACCAAUAAGUUACGGAAUUCUCGAAACGAUCGACUUUUCAAAGGCCUAUUCAAAUAUUUCUGAGGUUGAUUGGUCGGGUAACACUUUACCUGCUUUAGAGUCGAGAUUCUUCUUUGCUUUCUUGUUUACGCAAAAGAGAUUGCAAGCCCUUAAGUUUGACAACAUCACAGCUGAAGAUUCUCAAAACUUUUUGAAAAAUUUAGUCCAAUUACUUGCAAGUUUGAGAGUAUCGGCCAUAGAUUUGAGUGGAAGAUUCGAGUCAACUGAAAUAUUGCAGUUCUUGGAGAGUCUUUCAUAUAUGAAGUGGUUGAGAAGAAUUUCUAUCAAAAAUUCUUUGGCAGGAGACAAUGGCGUGAAACAGAUGAUUAAGACUAUCUCUAAUUUGCCUAAUUUGAACGAAAUAAACGCUGAUGGCUUCAACUGCGAGGAUAUUACCACAUUAAUUGAAUUAUGGCAGGCAAUUAACUCCAAACCUACGAUUGUUUCAUCAGAUUAUCCAAGUGUUGACUUGAAAGGCAUGAAACUGAGUGCAAAUGACUUAGUUAACAAUGAUAAACAAGUUAUUGAAAUUGCCAAGCAAAGAAAGAGGACAACAACAUUUGAUCACAGAGUUAUGUUUGUUUUAGAUCAAAUGAACAAGGUAUUUGAGACUCAUUUGUUGACUGCUGAAGAUGUUGCAGAAAAUCUUUCAAAAAUUUCUUCUCCUGAUAUAUUUAGACAAACUGUUGAGAUGGUAUUUGCAGAUGCUGUUGAUAAAAUUGAUAAAGAAAUGGGAAGUUCAAGCAAACCAAGCAAUAUUGAAGAAUAA